AUGGCCUGGGCUCCUCUCCUCCUCGUAGUGCUUGCCCACAGCUCAGGUUCCCUGGUCCAGGCAGCGCCGACUCAGCCACCCUCGGUGUCAGCGAACCCGGGCCAAACCGUCAAAAUCACCUGCUCUGGGCUUAGCAGCAGCAGCAAUGUUGGCUGGUACCAGCAGAAGGUUCCUGGCAGUGCCCCUGUCACUGUGAUCUACGGUAGCAACAGCAGACCCUCGGGCAUCCCUUCGCGAUUCUCCGGAUCCUACUCUGGCUCCACAGCCACGUUAACCAUCACUGGAGUCCAAGCCGAGGACGAGGCUGUCUAUUUCUGUGCUGGCUACGCAGCAGCAGCAAUGCUGUCGCGGCACCAGUUAGGAGUCUCUGCUGUCCCACCAUCGCCCACCAGGGGAGGGCUGUGGUCCCGAGGUUCCCUGGUCCAGGCAGCGGUGACUCAGCCGGCCUCGGUGUCAGCGAAGCUGGGACAAACCGUCCAGAUCACCUGCUCCGGGAUUAGCAGCAGCAGCAGCUAUGGUGUUGGCUGGUACCAGCAGAAGGUACCUGGCGGUGCCCUUGUCACUGUGAUCUAUAGCAGCAACAAGAGACCCUCGGACAUCCCUUCGCGAUUCUCCGGGUCCAAGUCCGGCUCCACGGGCAUGUUAACCAUCACUGGGGUCCAAGCCGAGGACGAGGCUGUCUAUUUCUGUGGUGGCUGGGACAGCAGCAGUAAUCCUGUUGUAGUGACACAGAGAGAUGUGGAAGUGAGCUACAGAGGAGUUAAAAAUGGGGCUUUUCUGCCCUUCUCCCUCAUGGCUGAGCAAGGUUCCCUGGUCCAGGCAGCGGUGACUCAGCCGGCCUCGGUGUCAGCGAAGCUGGGACAAACCGUCCAGAUCACCUGCUCCGGGGUUUACAGCAGCAGCGGCAGCUAUGCUUAUGCCGGCUGGUACCAGCAGAAGGUUCCUGGCAGUGCCCCUGUCACUGUCAUCUACGCUAACACCAACAGACCCUCGGACAUCCCUUCGCGAUUCUCCGGUUCUGCAUCUGGCACCACUGGCACGUUAACCAUCACUGGGGUCCAAGCCGAGGACGAGGCUGUCUAUUACUGUGGUGCCCAGGACAGCAGUGCUGAUCAGCAUCCAGGUGCCCUGCAGGGUGGCCAUGCCUUCACGCCAGGAGGCCAGUGGUCUGUCUUCCCGGGGAACGCAGUGGGGCUCCCCUCUUACCAGGGGUUUACUUAG